AUGGAUAAUUGGAGGUAAAAUAAUUAAAGGCGCUUUGUUCUUGAUAAUGGCUCAUAUUAAAUUAGAUAUGGAAAUGAUGUUUAGAAACACAAGCAAUUGAAUCUAAUAGCUCAUCUAAAAAAGACUGGGUAAAUGAUCUAUGAAUUUGAUUCAUUAUUUGAUGAAUCUCAAGUGAUGACAUAUUACAAGCCUCACGUAAGAGGAGUCCUCGUAGAUUUUGAUAAAUAAAUCAAUAUAUGGGAUAAAUUUCUGAAUCCAAAGCUUCUUAAGGAUUGCUCAAUCACUUAUCCAUUUUAACCUUUUACUCCCGAUUAAGUAGUUAACAAACUUUUCGAUGUGAUGUUCGAGUAUUAUAAUGUUGAUGCAUUUUGCCCGAUAAACACUUAGAAAAUGCUCUAUUAUAACGUUUUGGCCAGAGAAGGAGUAUCCAGAAAACAAUUCACAUAUAUAAUUGACUCAAGUCACAGUGCUACUUAUCUGGUACCGAUAUUUGAUGGUGAAAUCAUGUAUAGUGGUUUGAGAAGAAUCGACAUUGGUGGGAGAUUGCUAACAAACUAAUUGAAGGAUAACAUCUCCUUCAAAUAGUUUGAUUUAAAAAACUAUUUCCUAUUAAGCAGUAAAAUCAAAGAACUUUUAUGUUUUGUUUCCAUGAAUUACUUUCAAGAUAUGAAAAAGCCAAAAAAUCAUUUUCGUAAAUACUAUAUUUUGCCUGAUUUUGAGAUUAGAAGGGAAGGAUAUGCAGUCGAUCUAUUGAAUGUUGGAUUUCUAGAUGAGAAAUUAACUCUUGACAAAGAAAGGAUCACUAUACCUGAGAUUUUAUUUAGACCAACUGAAAUCGGUUUGGCUUAAAAAGGGCCUACUGAAACAUUCUUUGAUAGUUUGUCAACCAUACACAAAGAUAUACAAGGAUAUUUUGCAGAGAAUAUUUAUAUAAGUGGAGGAAACAGCUUUUUUAGUUCUUUUCAUAAUAGACUAUCUAAUGAAAUAAGGCAGAAUUGUUCAGUUGAUUGGAAUGUUAAUUUGACACAUCUUGAUGAUAUUGACUCUGUGUUUUAAGGAUCGUUGCAUUUCAAUAGAAGUACUGAAUUUUAGAAUGCUUGCUUUACUAAGGCUGAAUAUUAAGAGAAGGGUUUUGAAAAUAUCAAAUAAUAUAUAAUAUGA